AGAGUUAACUAUUAAAUAUGCCCUUCUUUCCAAUGGGUACCGGGAUUCAAGCAGAGAAGGAUAUAAGCACCACGUCCGGCGCAAUGCCAAUAUCCCCCGCGACGCAGAUCAAGAACCGUCGGAAACGUUACCUGGAUACCCACCCGGAGUAUUUCUCUGCUGAUCUCGAGCUAGCCGACCCGUUACUGUACGAUCGCUUGAUCCGCCGAUUCCAGACACCGGCGGAACGAGAGGCUGAAGGACGAGCCAAAGGAUUCUCGGGCAUACUUCAAGCAGAUCUUGACCGUUCCGAGGCUAAGUUGGAUGCCCUGUCUCAUCCGGAUCCCAAUGCAAUGUUUAGCUAUAGCCGUGGCCCAAACGGGGAAAUCCUCGCGGAGGACAAAGAUGAGAUACCGACGAGCAAGGAAGAAGGCGAAAAGAUCUGGCAAUGGGAGAUGACACUGCGAUUCUUAAGGGGCGAAGACCGCGACUUUGACUACACUACUGUGGAUGAGAAUGACGAUUAUGAUGACUGGAACGAAGAGCAAGAGCGAUAUUUCGAUGAAGAAGAACCUGAAUGGAUUGUUGAAGGCACAAGUGGCGAUGAUGUCCGAUCGAGAUUACAAGGGGAGACUGGCGUUCAAGACUUUUGAAAAGUCUCACGUAGUUGGGAUGCGCUGGCCACUUGAUGCCUUUGCGAUUGGCUCUCUCUGAUGCAAGCUUUUGGCCGUAUCGGGGGCACACACAUUACGAAGUUUCUAGACCGAGACAAAGGAGUCAUUGAUGCUCUCGAGGGCAUUCUGCUUCCACCCCAGCAUGCAGACACGCUGAAGAGGAUUCACGACCUGGCUAGCCUAGGGGCUCAUACGAAAUUCAGGUGCUGGGAUAUAGACUUCCGAGUCCGACAUGUAUUCCUUUCUCGAGCCUACCCGUGCCACUAUAGCACGUGAGAGGCUUUCAUGAUUAGUAGGCUCCUACGCAAGCUCUGACUCAAGGCAGGACCAUGGUUCGAUUACGUUGCAGCCCUAGGAAAUUCUCGCUGCGACUACCAACCUAACAUUUUUGUCCUCUACUGUCUUGAAUGUCUUGUCCAGUACCCUCCAUUCCUCUUGCUGUAUCCAGGAAGUUGAAGACAGGUCCUGCAGUGCCAAGAGUUCUGUUGCAUUCUGUUCACACGCCAUGUCGCUGUCUAGAGGCCUCUUGGAAAACGGGCAUUGUAUGUAUACGGAUGUGCAGGCAGAACGGCCUCCAAGUAAUGAAGACGUCAGUAAUACAAAUCUCA